CGCCCGCGGCCGGGCCAUGGAACUCAUCGAGCUGCGGGAUCUGCAGCCGGAGCCGCGGCCAGGACGGGGCCGCCUGGAGCGAACCAACGCGUUGCGCAUCAGCCCGGCCCGCCGGCACGGUCCCGGUCCCGGAGCUCACCCCGACCCGCGGCUGACGGCGGCACCGGGCAUCGGGCACCGCUUCGAGCCGCGGCGCCGCGGGCUCCACACCUGGUGCGAUCUCUGCGGGGACUUCGUCUGGGGCGGCGGCAGGAAGAGCCUCCAGUGCCGCCACUGCAGCUUCACCUGCCACUACCGGUGCCGGGCCCUGGUGCGGCUGGACUGCAGCGGCCCCCCGGGCACUGGGGACGAGGAUGAUGGCAGCGAGCAGGCACUGGAGAAGGACACCAACGUGGAUGAGCCCCGCGAGUGGGAGAAGGCAGAGCUGGACCAGGCGCAGGUGGAGCAACGGAUCAAGGAGUACAACAGCCAGAUCAACAGCAACCUCUUCAUGAGCCUGAACAAGGACGGCUCCUACACUGGCUUCAUCAAGGUGCAGCUGAAGCUGGUGCGCCCCGUCUCUGUGCCGGCCACCAAGCGGGUCCCCUGCGUGCAGGCGGGGCGGCCGGGGCCGCGCGCCGCGGGGGUGAAGCGCCGCACGUCCUUCUACCUGCCCAAGGGCACCGUCAAGCACCUGCACAUCCUCUCGCACACCCGCGCCAGUGAGGUCAUCGACGCCCUCCUCCGCAAGUUCACCGUCAUCGACAACCCCCGCAAGUUCGCGCUCUUCGAGAGGUCUGAGAAGGAUGAGCAAGUGUACCUGCGGAAGCUGGCUGACGAUGAGCAGCCCCUGCGGCUGCGGCUGCUGGCUGGCCCCAGCGAGAAGGUGUUGAGCUUCGUCCUGAAGGAGAACGAGACCGGGGAGGUGAACCCCGUGUGCCCGCAGUGGGACGCCUUCACACUGCCGGAGCUGCACAACUUCCUGCGCAUCCUGCAGCGGGAGGAGGAGGAGCACGUGCGCCAGCUGCGGCACCGCUACGCCCGCUGCCGACAGAAGAUGCAGGAGGCCCUGGCCACGCACACGCCGGGGUGACCGCGACAACCGCACCCGUGGCCGACCAGCACGCCAGGAUCCUCGCCUGCCGGCGGGUGGGGGCACCUGGGAGGGGGGUGGAGAGGGGCACCCCGAGACACAUUGGGCCGUCACAGCCUGCAUGGGUCUGGCCCAAGGAGUAGGUGUCCCCAGGGGAGUGGGUGGCCCUAGGGAGUGGGGGUCUCUGGGAAGAACAAGUGUCCCCUGGGGGAGCGGGUGUCCCUGGGGGGAGCAAGUGUCCUCAGAGGGUGGGAUGUCCCUAAGAAGCAAGUGUCUUCGGGGGGAGCAAGUAUCCCCAGGGAAGUGAGUGUCCCCAGGGGAGCGGGUGUCCCUGGGAAAGCAGGGUGUUGAGCACCAAUAAAGACAUCUGGGUG